CUUUUUUAUACAGUAUGAUCUGCUUCUUCCCUUUUCAAAUAUGAAAUUCUGCAAUUUUAGUGAGUGCAAAUUUAGGAGAGCAAAUUUAGUACAUCAUAGCCUUCAGCCAGCUGCUAGAAUUCGCUUACUCUACACGAGGUAAAGCAAUGAGUAGCGAAGUUCUAGUUGACCCGAUACGCGAUGCAGUACUACAGUUCUCGACCGCGACAGAAGAUCAGCUGGUUACUAAUAACGAUAGUCGCCGUCACCACGAUCAACAUCUGUCGAUUGAAAAUGUAUCACCCGGACAAUGUUUCCAUCCCUCGCGAAGUAAGGCGUCAACACGUAGCGCGGCCAUCAUUAUGUCGGACGGCUCAUACAGACACUGAUGGUGACCGCUGUAAUAUUAUCAAGCUGAGUUCUUUCCCUUUCUCGCAUGUUUGCUACACUCGUAUUACUGCACCGCAGAACGGAGAAAUCAAUGUAGCCACGCAACGAACUAUCCAGCCAUGACGCUGAGACCGGUUUCAACGGUCUUAUUUUACGGGUUGACAAAUCUGCGAUAGCGGUAACUGCCAUUGCGUGGGAAGCCAGCUCAGAGGCUUGCAAGUGUCAACGAAUUUCUACAGCCGACUUCUGUGCUACCAACUAUUAAGGUUCUUCGAUGUACGAUCGUCUGAGCAAAUGGCUCUAUAGUCGACGCCUGGAUUCUCUAAGCCAGCCUAAUGAGGCUAUCUAAACGCGGAUGCGCCCGUCGACGUAUUAGAUAGAAACUAAACGUCAAGGCUACCAGAAACAAAUACACUAAGGAUGUUCUUGAGAACCCACAGAUUUAUUGACGGACUGGGGUGCAACAAAGACGAGAAUAGUAAGGCGUUUAUGGUCCUGUCUAAGUAAUAUUUACGUGUUAUGCUCUUAAUGUUUACACUAUUAGCUCUUACUGUGGGCUAUGUGUGUGUAAAAUGGCUAAGGAAAAGCUUGGCCCAAACGUUUCUAUGACAGAAUUUACUUACAUGGAAACAACUUCUAUGAAGAACUAACAACGGCACACGUUUGCGAACGCACGAUCUUGAAUAAGUGACGUGUACUCGGAACACGCAGGAUCUGUUGGUUUCAGUAAGUGCACGACUCCACAAGGAUGCAGGAGGCCAGCAUAAAUAACGUUACUGGUGAAAUCUUUUUUUUUUUCAUUAAAUUUUCACGACGGAAAAAUAAUUUGAAACGAAUGUUGGCCGUUCUACACAUUACAGAUCAUUCCUACAAUACGUUCUGAGAAAAUCGUCUCCAAAUGGAAAGCGUUCGAAAAUCGUGCAUCAAGGAGAUUCGUUUAUAUAAUAAGCACAUACACCAUAACCCUGGUUAUAUGUGAGCGUGCUUGGGAUAAUCGGAGGAGUGCGAAGCUAUCUGAAUCUUGGCGAAGACGCACCUUUCUUCCUCCGUAAAAAUCCGGGGAAUCAGGGAUGCAAGUUAUAUAGUCGUAAUUCCUUCCCCUGUUUGACCCCUCUAGAUUGCCUCUAUUGAGCACCCUACCAUAAUAGGGCUUUAAGAAAGGCCAGACAAACGGUGUCGAAACCUUGUGCAGGAACAACAGCUGAGCUGUGGAUUUGUUUUGUCAUUAAGUAUUAAGCAAUCAUGCUUAUAAGCAUAGGGUAGCGAUAACGCAAGUGUGUCAGCAAGAGAGCAUCAUUUACUAAUUAAAUAUCAGCGGAAGUAUAUUGCAUCUUGGUAGAGACACCCUCAUAUAUCCGCCCGAUAAAGGAUUAUCGUAAACCGAUGUGCUGGACGAGUUCAUCAUCUAUAAUCCGUUUAGCUACACCCUGAUUAGAACGGUACAUCAUUGGAACUCUGCUAUUUAGCCACACGCGUAUUUGAGCUUUGGUUAGUUGUGAUUAGCCCCGAAGCGUCUAUCAAUCAUGUGUUUCGGUUUUGUCGAAGGAGUGUAAUAUGGCGUUCUUCGUAUCUGUGAAAUCGACAACGGUCUCACCUGAGAGAAGCUUCCUCACAAACAGUGUUCGAAAUCGGCUCGAUCGGUGUCCCAUACAUGAACGCCUAGACGCGUAAUCUAGUGCUGUUGCUUACUUUUUCUAAUUGCAAGUCAGGCACAGAAGCAGUCCCUCGUCAGAUCAACCGCAUUUAUUGAACAAAUCAAACAGUUUGAAGACACUCGUUAGUAGCAACAAGUCUAGUCAGUAGACUUUAUUUAUGUAUACAUGAAACAUUGUCACAUUUUCAUGUACGCGAUUCAACUUCAGGCUAAAUUUGAGUCAUGAAGGGUCGAGUGAUUACCGAGGUCGGUCUCCUGACAACUGCCAGUUUUAUUCAGGGUGCUGGAUUUUCACUUAUUGCACCGUUCUACCCUAACGAAGCAUUUGAAAGGGAGAAUACACCGACGCAUGUUGGCAUCGUGAUGGGUGUCUAUCAGCUAGUGAUGUUCGUGUCAUCUCCGCUAUUUGGCUGGGCUCUUUCUCACCAGCGAAUUCAACCUCGCUCACUUCUAUGGAUUGGGCUGUUGAUGGAUGGAUUUUUUAGUGCUGCAUUUGGCUUUGUUGUGUUUCUUCGUCAAUCGUUUAUCUUUUUCGGAACUUCACUUGUCUUACGUACCAUGCAAUCGCUUGGUAAUUCGGCAUCAAUGACGUGCUACUUCACCCUUCUCGGUGCUGACUUUCCUUCCCUACUUGGUCAACUCAUUCCUGUGAUAGAAGCUGCAUUUAGCGCCGGCCUGAUCGCUGGCCCAUUCUUUGGAGGACUUUUAUUCCAUUAUCUCGGAUUCUGCGCGACGUUCCUGAUUUUUGGCGGAAGUCUCGCGCUGCUAGGGAUCAUGUGUCGAUAUUUGUUUCCUACUUCAUCUAAUUCUGGGAGCUGGAAAAACCUCAGUCUUUGGAUAAUCCUCCAGAAGCCUCGAGUGACCGGAAACUCUUUGCUUUUUUUCAUUGGACUUAUGAUGAUUGGCUUUAAUGAUGCCACACUGUCUGUACAUCUACAACAGUUUAAUCUGUCACCAGCGUGGAUGGGAAUAAUGUUCAUCCCAUGCGCAUUAACCCAGAGUAUAUUUUCACCGCUCUGGGGCCUACUGGCUUCAUCCCUGGAAAGGCCUCGUUUGGUCUGCGUUGCAGGGACGUUCUUCUGCGCGGUCGCAUUUUCGGUUUCUGGUCUUUCAUCGUUUUAUUACGAGACUAUGUUUAGCUCAUCGAUAGUGCCUACAAUUAUCGCGCAGUUUUUUUUAGGCGUGGGCGUUGGCGCUAUAUACAUACCGGCCUUUCUAGAUGCUCUUCGCUAUUGCCUCACAAAAUUGCAUUAUCCGGACGACGUCGGAACUUACGGCUUGCUCUCGGGUCUCCUAACAUGUGCUCUUUGUUUAGGUUCGUCGAUAGGUUCGGCGGCCGGUGGGGUGCUACUUGAUCACUACACAUACUCAAUAGCAUGUCAGUUUAUGCUCGUCAUCGUCGUGGCAACAAUGGCAGUUCUCAUCGCUACGCCUGGAUCUCCUCUACCAACUAUAACCCCAGAGAGAGAAACUGACAUUCUUAUUAAGUCUGUUUCAUGAGUUUUCGCAAAAAAAAUCAUAUGAUAUUAUUAAUCAAUUUAUAAUGUUACUAAAAAGGAUAUAUUGCCUUCACUGUGACUAGUAGGGUUGAGUUUAUAAUGAAUUUUUAAAAUAAACAUAAAUGGUGA